AUGAUCUCCAGAGGUCCCUUCCAACCCCUAACAUUCUGUGACUCCGUGAUUCCUAGCUGAUGUCAACUUUCUCUUGUGCAGGAUACGCAUGGCCUCUACCUACAAAGCUCUGUGCUGUUUGGAUCUACUUGGACGUGCUUUUCUCUACUGCCUCCAUCAUGCACCUCUGUGCCAUCUCACUAGAUCGCUAUAUCGCCAUUCGAAAUCCCAUCCAUCACAGCCGGUUUAACUCAAGAACUAAGGCUUUUGCAAAAAUAAUUGCUGUUUGGACUAUAUCAGUUGGUAUCUCCAUGCCUAUACCCGUCUUUGGACUACAAGAUAACUCCAAAGUGUUUAAGAAAGGCAGCUGCUUGCUUGCAGAUGACAAUUUUGUCCUAGUAGGCUCUUUUGUGGCAUUCUUCAUCCCUCUAACCAUCAUGGUGGUCACCUACUUUUUAACUAUCAAUUCACUGCAGAAGGAAGCUACACUAUGCGUAAAUGACAUUGGCCCAAAGACCAAGUUUGCUUCAUUUAGCUUCCUCCCUCAGAGUUCCCUGUCCUCAGAGAAACUCUUUCAGCGCUCUUUGAACAGAGACGUGGGGACUUCUGGGAGGAGAACCAUGCAAUCCAUCAGCAAUGAGCAGAAGGCUUCCAAGGUCCUUGGCAUUGUCUUCUUUCUGUUUGUUGUGAUGUGGUGCCCAUUUUUCAUCACCAAUGUGAUGGCCGUAAUUUGCAAGGAGUCAUGCAAUCAAGAAAUCAUUGGAGAACUACUUAACGUAUUUGUUUGGAUUGGCUACCUUUCUUCAGCUGUCAACCCACUCGUAUAUACGUUGUUCAACAAGACCUACCGCUCAGCUUUCUCUCGUUACAUUCAGUGCCGCUACAAGGAGGAGAAGAAACCAUUCCAGCUGAUUUUAGUGAACACUAUCCCAGCACUUGCGUAUAAUUCCAGCCAGCUCCAGCUAGCACAAAUGAAGAGUUUGAAAAAAGAGGCAAAAAUGAUGGCUAAGGAUUAUUCGAUGGUCACGAUAGGAAUACAUCAUUUGGAUGGUACCUCCAAGGGAAGUAUCAGCCCAGCAAACGAAAAGGUUAGCGGUGUGUGACAGUCGGCAGCUGCCAUGACAACCACCGUGCGCAUGCUGAAAAUUCCACCUGGCUGUGAGAAGCUC